GUGUACACACGGAUAAUUAGUUAUUAUAAAGAUUUAAAAAUUGUAAUUUAAAAUUGACAUUCAACAAAAGAAGAGAGUUUUUUUCAUCUUUAGAAGUAAAAUUAAAAAACUUUAAGAUCAAAAGUAGAAUAUUUAAUUAAAAAAUGAGUGCUUGGCAACCAUCUGCUCAAGGUCUUACAGAUCUUUUACAACUUUUGCGAGAAGCUAUUAAUCCUACUGAUGGUCAUAAUGUUCAAGAAAGACUCGAAUAUUUUAAUAAAAUUCCUGACUACAACAACUAUUUAGUUUACAUUUUAACACAAAUGCCUCAGGAGGAUCAAUAUAUUCGUUCUGUUGCAGGUUUAACACUUAAGAAUAACAUUCGAUCCUAUUUCCCUACUAUUUCCCCUGAAGUAGUUGAAUAUAUCAAAGAUUGUUGUCUUCGAAACAUUGGUGAUGCUAGUGUUGGCAAACCUGUCAGCAUGGUUAUAGCAUCUAUUGUUUCUCGUGGUGGUAUUCAACAAUGGCCUCAAGUACUUCAAGUUUUAUUAGAAAAAUUAGAUGAUCCUAAUCCAGUUAUGGUUGAGAACGCGUUUAGUACUUUUCAAAAAAUUUGUGAGGACUCUUCCCGUGAUCUCGAUACUGGAAUUGGUGGUGUCAAACCUUUAGAAUUUAUGAUACCUAAAUUUAUUGCUUUCUUUGAUCAUCCUGAUUAUAAGAUCCGCUUAAGUGCAAUUUCAUGUGUUUCUCAAUUCAUUAUGCUUCGUUCGACACCUUUGAUGACUAGAAUCAACGAAUUUUUAAACGCCUUAUUUAAGAGAGCUACUGAUGAUAAUAUUGACGUUCGCAAAGCUGUUUGCCAAUCUCUUGUUAGUCUUCUUGAAAUUUGUCCUGAAGUUCUUUUGCCUCAUUUACCUGAUUUAGUUGAAUACAUGCUUUUCUGUACUCAAUCAGAUGAUAGUGAUCUUGCUCUUGAAGCUUGUGAAUUUUGGUUAGUUUUUGCUGAACAAGACGAUUUACGCGAACAUCUUCAUCCUUAUCUUCAAAAGAUUGUUCCUGUAUUACUUAAAGGUAUGGUUUAUUCUGAAAUUGAUUUGAUGACUCUUGGUGGUGAUGAAGAUGAUGCACAUAUUGCUGAUAGUGAGCAGGAUAUCAAGCCACGUUUCCACAAAGCUAAUGUUGUUGAAACUGAUGGUACAAAUAAGGAUGACGAAGCUAAUAAUGCUGAAAAGAGAAAGACAGGCUUACUUGGUGAUGAAGAUUCUGAUUUGGAUGAUGAGGAUGAGGAUGAGGAUGAUUAUGAUGAUUUUGAGGAUGAUGAAUUUUACGGUGAAUGGAACUUGAGAAAGUGUAGUGCUGCUACUCUUGACGUUUUAUGUACUUCUUUUGAAGCAGAUGUUAUUCGUAUCUUAAUUCCUCUCUUAAAGGGUGAGUUAGAAAGUGAAGACUGGCUUCAUCGGGAAUGUGGUAUUUUGGCACUUGGUGCUGCUGCUGAAGGCGGUAUGCAAGAAAUUGCACCUCAUCUUCCUGAUCUUGUGCCUUACUUACUUAAUCACCUGAAUGACCCCAAGCCACUUGUUAGAUCUAUCACAUGUUGGACUCUUGGUAGAUAUUGCAGUUGGAUUGUUGAAAGCGCUAGACAAACUCCCGAUGCCCGUCAACAUUAUUUUGAACCACUCAUUCAAAUUCUUUUACAGCGUAUUUUAGAUAAUAAUAAGCGAGUUCAAGAAGCUGCUUGUUCUUCCUUUUCUUUACUUGAAGAAGAAGCUGGUGUUGAUUUAGUCCCUUACCUUCAACCUAUUCUUACAACUCUCUGUAGUGCAUUUACUAAAUACCAAAAAAGAAACUUGUUACUUCUUUAUGAUACCAUUGGUACUUUAGCUGAUGUUGUUGGUGAAGCAUUAAAUAAUCCUCAAUAUAUUGAUGCUCUUAUGCCUCCUCUUAUUAAUAAAUGGCAAGAAAUUGCUGAUGAUAGUACCGACUUGUUCCCCUUAUUAGAGUGUCUUUCUUCUGUUACAACUGCUUUGGGCCAAGGUUUUAAACCUUUUGCUGAGCCCGUGUAUAAUCGUUGUGUUGUUCUUGUCUGCAAGACAUUGGAAGAAUGUCGUUUAUGUUCUAUGGAUCCUUCAUUAGAAGAGCCUGAUAAAGAUUUUAUGAUUGUUGCUUUAGAUUUACUUUCUGGUAUUGUUCAGGCCCUCAAUAAGGAUGCUGAGCCUUUGGUUGCCAAUACUAACCCACCUAUUGUACAGCUUUUAUCACUCUGUAUCCAGGAUGAAGUUGCUGAAGUUCGUCAAUCCACAUAUGCUUUGCUUGGUGAUCUUGCUAUAUCAUGUUUUGAACACAUUCGUGCUGUUGUACCUCAAUUUAUGCCUUUACUUCUUCAACAAAUUGACCCUGUAGCUGAGCAUGUGUCUGUUUGCAAUAAUGCUACAUGGGCUGCUGGUGAAAUUGCCUUAAAAUGGGGUGCAGAAAUCAGACCUUAUGUCGAUCCUCUAUUACAACGCUUGUUCCCUCUUAUGAUGAAUACUCAAACUCAACGUACACUUUUAGAAAACGUUGCUAUUACAAUUGGUCGUCUUGGUCUCGUUUGUCCUAAUUUGGUUGCUCCUCAUCUUGAAGGAUUUAUUCAACCAUGGCUAAUGGCACUCACACCUAUUCGUGAUAAUGAAGAAAAAUACUCUGCUUUUAGUGGUUUAUGUGAAAUGAUCAAGGUCAAUCCUCAAGCUGCUGUUAAAGAGUUCUAUUCUUUCUGUUCCGCUGUUGUUAAUUAUCAAAAUGUCCCACAAGAUUUGCAUGAAUCUUUUGCAAAUAUUUUAAAUGGAUAUAAAAAUAUGUUUGGUGAAACUCAAUGGCAACAAGGAUUAUCAUCGAUGCCACAAGAAGUAAGAAUUCCUUUACAAGAGCGUUAUGGUAUUUAAAUAUCAAUAUAAAUAUAAAAUUACAUAUUACCAAAAAAAAAAAAAAAAAAAAAAA